CCGCCAUUUUAGAAAUGGCGGCUCCGCUGGGCGGUAUGUUCUCCGGGCAGCCACCCGGACCCCCACCACCCCCGCCGGGACUCCUAGGCCAGGCUUCGCUUCUUCAGGCCACGCCAGGCGUCCCGAGAACUUCUAACAGUACCUUGGUGGACGAGUUGGAGUCAUCUUUCGAGGCUUGUUUUGCUUCUCUGGUGAGUCAAGACUAUGUCAAUGGUACAGAUCAGGAAGAGAUCCGAACUGGUGUUGAUCAGUGUAUCCAGAAAUUUCUAGAUAUUGCAAGACAGACAGAAUGUUUUUUCCUACAAAAAAGGUUGCAGUUAUCUGUCCAGAAACCAGAGCAAGUUAUCAAAGAGGAUGUCUCAGAAUUAAGGAACGAAUUACAGCGGAAGGAUGCUCUGGUCCAGAAGCACUUAACAAAACUGAGGCAUUGGCAGCAGGUGCUGGAGGACAUCAAUGUGCAGCACAAAAAGCCAGCCGAAAUCCCUCAGGGAUCCCUGGCCUACCUCGAGCAGGCGUCUGCAAACAUCCCUGCACCAGUGAAGCAGACCUGAGGAAAAGCCAGCCAGAGAGUGAGCUGGCAGAUGAGUCAGCCCAGACACGGUUUUGCCAGACAUCAGUUCUUGUAGACAUGACAUGUGGGGAGAGCUCUGCCAGAGAAUGGGGUGAUUUCAGUUUUAUGCUCCCACCUAAAAUUUUCCCCUAUUUUUAUAAGCGUUAUUUCUCAAGUACUUUAUAAAAUAUGUGUUGCUUUGGUAAAACCAAGUAUAUUGUUUUGACUUUAGCAAAGUUUAGGCUGUUAAAGUGAUGCCACUUACAUAUUCCUUUUUAUGUUAAUUUACCCUUCAGUGGCAGUAUGUAAAAAUACAUAAGUUUGCUGUUUCAAUACUUUGAACUACCUCAAGAAGAGGAAUCUAAUGUAACAAUGUUUGUAAUGCUUCCAGAGCCUCAGAAUGAUACUUUGUAAAUAGGUUAGUGUAGUGUUACCAUGCCACAGUGAGUGAGUGCUGUGGUAAUCCAGUAGUGCUGUUGGGUCGAUGUUGACUUUUGUUUGGGCUAAGUUUGUAUUUGUGUAGUGUUUAUUUACUUUGAGGGGAGGGGCAUGGUAGGAGCAGCAACAUGCUUAAUUGUGUACAUUGUGUAGUAAUGAGUUGAUUUAAGGAACGGGGCAGACCCUGUUCUCAGUAGCAUGACAGCUGGGGCACAAGUGAAAUAUGAGGGUUAAAGCUGGCUGUGAUCAUCUCUGAGUUUUGAGUUUUGCUUUGUGUUUUUAGAGCAUAACUUUCCAUUGAGGGAGGUUCUUGCUAAUGAAUGGUGUCGAUUCCAAGGGACUGGGGCCCUGGGGGUGGGAGGGUGGGCUGCAGGGUGGCCUUGGGGACUUCCAUGUAGAGCAUGUAGAGCCUCAGUGUUUGGGAAGAUAGUUUACCCUCUUGUUGGUCAUACAGGCCACCUCGGAUUUUCUCUUGAACUGCUGUUGAAAAAUACAGACCAGCAUUGUGUCUGGCCCUCAUUGGAUGAGGAUUUCCUUUCUCUGCUGUUUACAAUCUCUUAUUAGAUUACAUCCCUUCACCCUAAACUAGUACUCCACUGUCUUCUGAACAGGCAGUAGUUCUGUGACUCGAUGUCUUGGCUCCCUUUAUUUUCUCCAGCUUUGGAGAACCCUCCCCACACGCCUUGACAUCCACUCAAGUUCCCAUCUGGCCUGGACGUCACGGAGUCUGCAGCCUCCAAAGGCCCUCUCCAUUGCAUGCCCAGGGCACAGGACUUCUUGUCCUUUUACCAGCCUUGCUUGUUUUUCCCUCUGGGGUUAGUGAUUGUAUCUGCCUCUGUUCCUCUUGAGAAGUAGGCAUUAUUCCCAUCUGAAUAUACAGGGGGGAUUAUUUAUCUUUUAUACAUGAUACUUAUUACUCAUUUGUGUGUGUAUGUGUUAUGGUACACAGCCUGAAGCCAACAAAUCCCCUCAUUCAGAAUGUUACAGUUUAAACAAAGCUUUUAAAAGUUGUUUUUAAUCACAUUAAUAUUUGAAAGUUGUUAAUUUGGUCAUCUCAUGCCAAUCGCUUUGGGUUUCUUGAUUCAAAACAUAAACUAAACUGAGUUUUAGGCAUCCUUUCGAUAGUGAAGAGGUUCUUGAUAAAAAGUUGGGGAACUGUUCUAUUUGAUGCUUAGUAAAAAUAUUUUGAACUAAUGUAUGUACCAGUUAUUGCCAUUUAUUUAUUAAAUUCAAGAGUUUUCUGUCAAAUAAAUAACUAUUUCAAUCUUG